CUCCGGUCGACGACGUCUCAGUCGAGCAUUCUGUGGCACUGAUCAUCGCAGCGCUCAACUCUUCUUGUGGCCACCAUGAUCACUCCGCGUUUCUCUUGCAGUCAGACCGAAAGUUCCGUGAUCGUCUCAAUCUACUGCCCUUCCGUUCGAGCAUCCGAUGUCGAGAUCCACAUUGAUGAGACUUUGUUCAGCAUUCAUGUCAACCCAUAUUUCCUGCGACUGACAUUCUCGCAUGCAUUGCUGGGCGAAGACGAGUCUGCCGCAACAUAUGAUCCCAGCACUGGCUAUCUUACCGUGACCUUGCCGAAGGAGGUCAAGGGACAAGAAUUCAAAGACCUGGAUUUGCUAGCAAAACUUCUCGCUCCCCGUCCUCCAGAGGCGUCGUCCGCACAGCCGUUGAUCGAGGUUCUUCAUUCAGAAGAUACAAACCAAGAUGAAGAUGAAGAACUGGCCGAUAGAACACGAGCUCUGACCUUGGAGCAGCGUCAGAUUCUGGAGGCGGCACAAAAUGACUGGCAGCUAAUUCAGGAAGUUCAAGAUCCUCUCCCGUCCUUGCACACAACAACUGAACGUCACUAUGGGUUCCUGAAUAUGCAUACGGGAUUUUUGCGACAUGUCGCCCACACCGAGAACGAAGUGAACGAACUUGGUCCUGAUGCAGAGUCAUAUCUACUAGACGAACGACGGAAAUGUCGUUUGCAACACGAGGAAGACAAAUGGGACGAAGAACAUUACAUAGCCGACUUCAUGGAAGACGACUAUAUACAAGAACUCAUUACAUGGCCACAUCCUGAGGCUACUCCUUCUGAUGACUUUCUUUUCACUGAAAAAGAAAACAUGACCAUGCUUUGCCUGCCCCGCAAAGAAUAUCUCGCCACUCCCAUGCAAACGCGCCAUCUCUAUCUCACCUUGUUGACUUUGCUAUUCUCAUAUGUGUACGAGACACGAACGACGCAGCACGAUCCGACGCCAGAAAGUGCUUGGACCAUCAGCGUUUUGACCCCAGCUUUCUCCGCGUUGGAUCCACCACCUUACAUGGACGAGUCGCCGCUGUCAGAUCCGUUAAAGUUUGACGUAGCAGCAUUGACGGCAACGUUCACGGCCUCAUACCGCCGCUCACUCGCGUUCCCGCUAUACCGGUCGUUCGCGUUAGCCGAGAAAUGCCGUGCAGACGUCGCCGCGAUCCUUGCAAGAGGGAAACGCGUGGUCACCCGCUGCCUUCUCGAGAUGAAGCACAUUCUCGACCAUCACGAGGUGUAUUAUGUGUAUAGCAAAGUAUGGGUGGAGGAUUUCUGUGUAUGGAUGCUUGCAUAUGCCAGGUGAUGCCGGAACUUCACUUGGUGCCCCAAAAAUUAUGGCUGAUCUCUUGGCGGCUCUAGUGAUGACGUGUUGAGGGAACUAUCGCAAGCCGUCAUCGGGUUCAAGAUGCAGAAGAUCUC